AGCCUGAGUGGAGAUCUGUACUGGAGUCUCUGGGGGAGGGUCGAGGGCCGGUGUUCUGCCGGACGGUGCCGCCGCCUCCCAGGACAGCAGAGCUGGGACUUCGCCGCGCCGCACGCCCUAGCUUGGGGUAGGAUCCUGAGACAGCAGAACAGAUGCAUCCUUUGGCAGUUGAUCGUACCCUGCACUAGAGAGAAGUCCAGGGAUGAUAUAUUUUUGGGUUAUGUUUCUCCACCUUGGAAUUCAUCUAGUUCAUUCCAGAAACACUGACCCUCUGCUUCUGUGACACACUCUCUGUGAAGGUCUGACGGACAGACACUUUCCAUUGACCUUGCGGCUAUUUUCUUUCAUGUGGAAGUUGGAAGACAAGGUGAAAGGGGCCAAAAGUUACCUGCUUUGGUGAUUAGGAGUGCUCAACUCCGUCCUCAGAACAUGGGCCCUCGUUUAAAGAAGUCUUUAAAAACUGUAUCUAAAAGGAAGGUCCCAUGUGGAAAAUUCCUGAUCUGUAAGCAUUCUGGACAAAGAAAAGAAGACUUUUGACCGUAACCAUUCAGCUGCAGCUGUGAUCCUGGGCUGUCUGUCGGCGUUGAAGGGACCUGAUGUUUUACGUUAUUUGUGGAAUCACAGUGUCUGUGGUUGUAUUCUUCUUCACAAUUAAGUUCCUCUUUGAGCUUGCCGCACGUGUAGUCAGCUUCCUCCAGAAUGAGGACCGUGAGCGCCGAGGGGACCGGACUAUUUAUGACUACGUGCGGGGAAAUUACCUGGAUCCCCGGUCUUGCAAAGUCUCCUGGGAUUGGAAGGACCCCUAUGAGGUGGGCCACAGCAUGGCCUUCCGAGUGCAUUUAUUCUACAAGAAUGGGCAGCCUUUCCCUGCACAUCGGCCUGUGGGACUGAGAGUUCACAUCUCUCAUGUUGAGCUAGCAGUGGAAAUUCCAGUGACCCAGGAAGUCCUCCAGGAGCCCAGUUCCAACGUGAUCAAGGUGGCCUUCACUGUGCGGAAGGCUGGGCGUUACGAAAUCUCAGUGAAGCUUGGUGGAUUAAACGUGGCCUACAGUCCCUACUACAAGAUUUUUCAACCUGGAGUGGAAUUGCUGGGUCAUCAGCCUGGAAUGGUGGUUCCUUCCAAGACGAAAAUAGUGUGCCAUUUUUCUACUCUUGUGUUGACCUGUGGGCAGCCACACACCCUUCAAAUAGUGCCCAGAGAUGAAUAUGACAACCCUACCAACAAUUCCACAUCCUUGAGAGAUGAGCACAAUUACACUUUGUCCAUUCAUGAGCUUGGUCCUCAAGAAGAAGAGAUCACUGCUGUCUCAUUUGAGAAGUCAGUGACAUCCAACAGGCAGACCUGCCAGGUGUUUUUGCGACUCACCCUGCAUUCUCGAGGCUGUUUCCAUGCCUGUAUUUCAUACCAAAAUCAGCCAAUCAAUAAUGGCGAAUUUGACAUUAUUGUCCUAAGUGAGAAUGAGAAGAAUAUUGUCGAACGCAAUGUGUCCACCUCAGGAAUGAGCAUUUACUUUGAGGCUUAUCUUUAUAAUGCUACCAACUGUACCAGCACACCGUGGCAUCUUCCACCCAUGCACAUGAGCUCUUCCCAGCGCCGGCCUUCCACAGCUGUUGAGGAAGAAGAUGAAGAUUCACCCUCUGAGUGUCACACCCCUGAGAAGGUGAAAAAACCGAAGAAGGUGUACUGCUAUGUGUCACCAAAGCAAUUCUCAGUGAAGGAGUUCUACCUGAAAAUCAUUCCCUGGCGCCUGUAUACCUUCCGAGUGUGCCCAGGAACAAAGUUUUCAUACCUUGGCCCUGACCCUGUACAUAAGCUCCUCACGCUGGUGGUGGAUGAUGGCAUUCAACCUCCUGUGGAGCUCAGCUGUAAGGAGAGGAACAUCCUAGCGGCCACUUUCAUCCGCUCCCUCCAUAAGAACAUAGGAGGCUCUGAGACCUUUCAGGACAAGGUGAACUUUUUCCAGCGAGAGCUACGGCAGGUACAUAUGAAAAGACCACAUUCCAAAGUCACCCUGAAGGUCAGCAGACACGCCUUGUUGGAAUCGUCUCUGAGAGCCACUCGGAAUUUCUCCAUCUCAGAUUGGAGCAAGAACUUUGAAGUGGUUUUCCAGGAUGAAGAAGCUCUGGACUGGGGAGGGCCUCGCAGGGAAUGGUUUGAGCUAAUCUGCAAAGCACUGUUUGAUACCACCAAUCAGCUCUUCACCCGAUUCAGUGACAACAACCAGGCAUUAGUACACCCCAACCCUAGUCGCCCUGCUCAUCUGCGCCUGAAGAUAUAUGAGUUUGCGGGGCGGUUGGUGGGCAAGUGUCUUUAUGAGUCCUCUCUAGGAGGAGCCUACAAGCAGUUGGUCCGAGCUCGCUUCACCCGUUCUUUCUUGGCCCAAAUCAUAGGACUACGUAUGCAUUACAAGUACUUUGAAACAGAUGACCCAGAAUUCUACAAAUCUAAAGUUUGUUUCAUCCUCAACAAUGACAUGAGUGAGAUGGACCUGGUCUUUGCAGAAGAGAAGUAUAACAAAUCGGGUCACUUGGAUAAGGUUGUAGAACUCAUAACAGGUGGAGCUCAAACCCCAGUCACCAAUGCAAAUAAAAUCUUCUAUUUAAAUUUGUUGGCCCAAUAUCGGCUGGCCAGUCAAGUGAAAGAGGAGGUGGAACAUUUCCUGAAAGGCCUGAAUGAGUUGGUCCCUGAGAACCUUUUGGCUAUUUUUGAUGAGAAUGAGCUUGAGCUGCUGAUGUGUGGGACUGGAGACAUCAGUGUGUCUGACUUCAAAGCCCAUGCAGUGGUAGUUGGCGGCUCCUGGCAUUUCAGAGAAAAGGUCAUGAGGUGGUUUUGGACCGUGGUUUCCAGUUUGACCCAAGAGGAGUUGGCUCGACUGCUUCAGUUCACAACAGGCUCUUCUCAGCUACCACCCGGAGGCUUUGCUGCCCUCUGUCCCUCAUUCCAGAUUAUUGCCGCCCCAACCCAUAGCACGCUACCAACUGCACACACGUGUUUUAACCAGCUGUGCCUCCCUACGUAUGACUCGUAUGAAGAAGUGCACAGGAUGCUGCAGCUGGCCAUCAGCGAGGGCUGUGAGGGCUUUGGCAUGCUCUGACCAUUCUCCUGCCAUCUGCUUGGCUCCCGUGCUUUCUGGAGCAUCUGGGUGCACGUAACAGACAUAACUACUGACCAUAACAUGCACAUAAUCAUCAGCCAGAAGCUGCUGCAUGCUCCUCAGUUGUCUGGAGUAUUUGGUCACCUACGAGUCUUGUCCUUCCCUUGCCCCCUCCCUGCCCAUCUCCUCCACAGGCCUCUUUGGCAUGGUACGUAAUCUGAGCCACGUGCUCAGUCGUGAGAAGAGGACCGUGCUGCUAUAAUUUCACUUGGUUCUUAGAAGAUCUCAGCAGCGGGAGCUGCCUCAGUAGCUGAGGGAGAUCACACAGAGGACUCAGCCUUCUUGGGAAGUUGUUUUCCUCACCUUGCUCAGCCUCCUCUGCUGAUGCUCCUUAGAGAUCCCUUCUGUGGCCCUCACUGCUUAACCGGAGGUGCACGAGUCCUUCUUGAGGGCAGAGUGAUUGCCUCUUCUCACCAGGAGCCAGGAGAAGCACAAAUAGGAAGCAGCCCACAUGAGCGAUCUUUGAUUUUGUCCCAUGGCAGGCACAGGCCCGUGGCACAGGACUACCUCUAUUGGGGACUGAUAGCACAAAGGAUCUUUUUUUUUUGUGGUGUCAGAACUGGAAAAGGAGCUUUCCCUGCAGAUGUUUCUGGAAAUGAUCAUUAAUCUAUAAAGAAAAACUCUCUAAGCUUUUUCUUGAGUUUGAGCCAGUGAGAAGAACAGAACUAAGAAUGUGAAAGAUAACUGGACUGUAGCCUCCAGUGCUGAAUAUGAUUCUCCUUUAGGGUAUGGGGCGUGUCUAGGCACAUGGCUGGCUUGAAGACUACUGAUGCUUGUCUCUGAGUUUGUUCUUUACACUGAGGUGUGGCUGGGCCUGGCCACUUACCUCCAAGUUAUGCUGUCUGCUAAGAGCUGGGAUUCUUUAGCUUUCUACUGAAGAAAAUUUUGGAGCAAGGAAUUGGGACAGUAAGAAAAGCAUGCCAAUGAUCCCUGAUUCUCUCUUUUCUUGGUGUUCUCUGGCAGCACUGAGGCAAGGGAAAAGGGAUCAGUAGUUCGAGGCCUUAUCACAGGUCUUUGAGGUCAAGACACUGGGAACAUACAUAGAAGAGAUACGUCAGACAGUAAAUACCCAGCUGCCCCAGUUACUUCUCUUCACUCCAUCCGUUACCAGCAAGGAGAACUGAGGAGGAAGAUAUAUCAGGUUCAUUAUUAUGUGAUGAUUGAAGACAACCUGCAGCUGUCUCUUGGAAGAUGACAGCAACCUUUUUCAUUAGGAUUUGAGUGAAAACAUUUUCAAGACUCAGAAUCUCAUCAACUUCCCAAAUUUCUGUUUUUAAGAAGGCUUUGCUACAAGCUACCAUUCCCAAUGGGGCAUUCAACUCUGAGAAUAUUACAAGCCAUCUUUAUUGCCAAAACCAGCAAGUACACAGAGUACAGAGAUGAGGCGGGACUUGUGGCAAUGCCUUGGCCUUCUGGAAGCAUGUCUGAGCCCUCCUGUUCCCAGAGAUCAUGAGGAAUAAGCCCUCCUGAGCUGCUACAGUUCCUGCCUGACCUCACUUCUUUGCAGUUGUCAUUUGUCCUUCUUGGCAUGGGUGCUGACCUCACUCAUCCUUAGGGUCCAGGAUCCAGCAUCAGGGCCUCUAUACCCCAGGGUCCUCCAUGCCACAUGGUCACUGCUCUCCUCAGGGACCAGGACAAGGUGCUGCUGCUUGCCGCAGUGUUUUUCCAUAGGAUAUGUACAGGCAAGUUUCAUCAUCACCCUGGGAAACACGAUGCUGCCCCUCAGGCCCAGAGAGGGGUUUCCAGCUGGGGGCACAUGGGCUGGUUCUGCUGUCUUUGGCAGUUGUUCCUCUUCUGGAUUCUGCAUUCUCCCCUCCAGCAGCCCUCCAGAGACUGGUGCUGCAGCUCGGGUUGAUUUUCUUGGCUAGAUCUGUCAUUUUGAGCUCUAGUCAUAGCACUUUUCAGAGCAUCCUGGGCAGUGCUGCAGCCCUGCUGCAGCAGCUGCGUCCCCAUGGUGGUCCUUAGCCCCAGGGUCUUUGUUGAACAAAACUCUUUGGUACUGUUGUGGUUUUCUAUUCUUCCAGUUUACUCUCUCUCCUAACUCUAUUCAAAACUAUCUUUGCUCUUUUUGGCCUUUCACCUUUUUUUCCUAAUCUUGCUUUGGUACUAGCCAGUGUGGGGAAAAAGUACAAUAUGUUGGAGAGAAGGAAGAGUGGCUUUUACUUCUUGGGCAAUUUUCUAUUCACAUUUCUUAUUUUGGCCAGUUCUUUUAUUUAUGCCCUUGUGGCCCAGGUACUUGGGGGACCAGCUAACCUCCUGGCCUUUUAGUAUCUUUGAAGGAGACCAGGCACCAAGUGAACACCAAGGAGAGCCUCAGCAUGUUUCUAGAACUUCAGCAGAGACCAAGCCCUACUGCAAAUUCAUCAGGCCAGGAAAAAGGGCCCGACAGUUGCAGUGAUAGUGUAAAUAUUUUGUACAGUAAAUAAAUAAAUGUUUAAAAGCA